AAUAUAUACACACACUGGGCAAGGGAAAGGCACCACCACUGAAUAUCUAUCCAUUUCUGAUACUCAUCAGUCAUCAUGAUUCAGCUAAAGCUUGAGUUCUUACUUUCAGUUCUCCUCUUCAUUCUCCCCUUCUUCUUCCUCUUCAUCAAAACCUUUUCCACUUAUCUGGGAAAGAAGAAAUCAUCUUCAGUUUCUUCCAAACUGCCAAAGGUAUACCCUUUGGUGGGUUCUUCAUUUACCAUAGCUUCCAAUCAUGAGCGAUUCAGUCAAUGGGCUACAGAGCUUCUUCAAAACUCUCCCAAUGGAAACGUUGUCCUCCAUCGUCCUCUCGGCCAUCGCCAACUCAUAACAACUAAUCCCGCCAACGUCCAACACAUCCUCAAGGACCAAUUCUACCAGUACCCAAAAGGAGAUUUUUUCAGAGACCACCUCUACGAUUUCCUUGGAGAUGGCGUCUUCAACGCAGAUGGUGAUGACUGGAAGAUUCAGAGACAAAUUGCCAGCCAUGAAUUUAACACCAAAUCACUCCGGAAAUUUGUCGAAACAGUUGUGGAAGAUGAGGUCUCUGGUCGCCUCCUUCCUCUGCUCCUUGAUUCUGCCUCUAAAAAUACGAUCUUUGAUCUACAGGACAUCCUCCAAAGAUUUGCAUUUGACAACAUCUGCAAAAUUGCUUUUGGGUUCGACCCAGAAUGCUUGUCUCCAUCAUUCCCGCAACCUGAAUCAGAAUUUGCAGAGGCAUUUGAAGAUGCUACAAGGAUAAGCAGUGCGAGAUUCAAUUCCAUUUUUCCACCAGUAUGGAAGCUGAAAAGGGCUUUAAACAUUGGCUCCGAGAGACGAUUACGGGAAGCGAACUCAACAGUUCGUGAAUACGCAACAAAUCUCGUCAGACAAAAGAAACGAGAACUCGAAGAGAAUUUUUCAUUAGAAACAGAGGACCUCCUCUCUAGAUUCUUGAGGUCUGGUCAUUCUGAUGAGCGAUUUGUUACAGAUAUCGUCAUCAGCUUCAUCGUAGCUGGUAGGGAUACAACAUCUGCAGCUUUGACAUGGUUCUUCUGGUUAAUUGCCAACAACCCAAGAGUAGAGGAAGAGAUAUUGAAGGAGAUAAGGGAGAAGCCUGAAGCUUUUGAUUAUGAUGAGGUGAAGCAUGUCGUGUACAUCCAUGCUUCGCUCUGUGAGAGUAUGAGGCUGUACCCACCAGUCCCCCAUGACACCAAAUUUGCAAUAGCAGACAAUGUUCUACCAGAUGGGACUGUUGUGAAGAAACAAGUGGGUGUGACAUAUAUUCCUUAUGCAAUGGGGAGAACAGAGGCGAUCUGGGGCAAAGAUUGGCCGGAGUUUCGGCCUGAGAGGUGGCUGGAGAAGGACGAUAUUUCGGGAAAGUGGAAAUUCCUGGCGAGGGAUCCUUACACGUACCCGGUUUUCCAAGCGGGGCCCAGGAUUUGCUUAGGGAAGGAUAUGGCGUUCUUGCAGAUGCAGAGGAUUGUCGCCGGAGUAAUGCAAAAGUAUCAGGUAAUGCCGGCGGAGAAAGGGUUUGAUCCGUUUUUCACAUCGUACCUGUCAGCCAAAAUGAAAGGAGGUUUUCCGGUGGGAGUUGUGGAGCGGAGGGAAGGUAGGGCAGUGGAGGCAGCUUAAUUAAUCCGAGGCAUGUACGAUCAUCAGAUUGUAUAUGUUAAUAUGCAAUACUUUUUCCCUUUUUUGCUUAUAAAUAAAGUUUUCGCCUUAGAAUGGCAAAAAAUGAGGCAAACUAGUGUUGAAUGAUCGUAUGUAUGAUUAGGUGAUUGUGCGGUAGAUAUAAACUCAUUAAUUUACUAAAGUUUGUAGAAAAUGGACGAGUAUUUAGUCUUUUAUUUUCAAGGUUAAAAUAAUGUAUUUAGGUAUGCUAUAUGUGUAGGUUGUAAUUGUUUUCUUUUCUUCAUAUGUAUCUUUUCUUUGUUUCU